AUGGGGAUUGUUCAGAAAUGCCCAACCCCUAAGUCACUGACGGACGAUGAGGCAGGCCAUGGUUGGGAUGUGAAGAGUGUUGAUUGGCAUCCUACUAAGUCUUUACUAGUUUCAGGUGGGAAGGAUAACCUUGUGAAACUUUGGGAUGCAAAGUCAGGGAGGGAGCUUUGUUCAUUUCAUGGGCACAAAAAUACAGUUCUUUGUGUCAAAUGGAAUCAAAACGGUAACUGGAUGCUAACUGCUUCGAAGGAUCAAAUCAUCAAACUUUAUGACAUAAGGGCGAUGAAGGAGCUUGAAUCUUUCCGUGGACAUCGGAAGGAUGUGACUGAAUGGAAUCGAGUUGGAUCCUUUUCAUGGAACAAGGAUUGCGUGAGAUGGUUGAAUGAAUCAUUUUCUAGCGCUCUAUGUUGGAACAGUAAGGAUGUGUUUCUCAGGAAAUAUAGGAUUGAUGGUCUCUGUGUAUGGAUUGAAUUGGAUAGUAGCAGGUUUGAGGAGUUUGCCAGAGUAAGUAAGAUGUUGAAAAAUGGUGGGAGAAUGAGUUUGAUUAUCCCUAAAGGCAUUGAAGGAAGGGGUGGGAAGCAUUUCGAAGGAUGUUGGAAGAAGCCAUGCAUGGCACUGGGCACUUUCUGUCAAUGA